GGCUGGGAGGAGCUGGGACGUCACAUUCCUGCAUUCCCUGUGCUUGUGUCAGAGCCGGGGUGGGUGUCUGCUCCUGGGCACUGGGCAGGACCCCCCCAGCCAGCCAGGACUCAUGCACCCCCCAGCAGGAGUCUGACACCAGGACCCCUCUGCCAGACCCCCCUGCUCCCCGGCCUGGGACCCUCAGCCAGGGAAGCAAGGCUUCCUCCAUCCUUGGUUCCUCUCCUGGAGUGAUGGAAAACUCCUCUGUGGCAUCUGCCUCCUCUGAGGCAGGGAGUAGUCGAUCUCAGGAAAUUGAAGAGCUGGAGAGAUUCAUCGACAGUUAUGUCCUUGAGUACCAAGUCCAAGGGCUGCUGACUGACAAAACAGAAGGGGAUGGAGAGAGCGAGAAAACACAGUCCAAUAUCUCUCAGUGGACAGCGGAUUGUAGUGAGCAGCUAGAUGGCAGCUGUUCCCCAUCCAGAGGGAAGGGCUUCUUGGCUAAUGAACGCAAUCAGGAAGAGUGGGAUCACAGCAGCAGUGGGAGUUCAGGAUCCCGGCCUAGUUCAGGCUCCGGGCAUGGGUCUGGAUCAAGGUCUGGCAGCCAAGGCAGAAGCAGCCAGUUCAGUCAAUCAACCAAGAACGGCAACAAAGACAGCUCCCUGGACAUGUUGGGCACAGAUAUCUGGGCAGCCAAUACCCUUGAGUCUUUCAGCGGUGCAACCUGGGAUCUGCAGCCUGAAAAGCUGGAUUUCACACAGUUUCACCGGAAGCUGAGGAACACCUCCAAACACCCUCUCCCCCACAUAGACAGAGAAGGGCUUGGGAAAGGGAAGUAUGAGGAUGGAGACGGGAUCAACCUGAACGACAUAGAGAAGGUCCUUCCAGUCUGGCAGGGUUACCAUCCAUUGCCACAUGAAGCUGAAAUUGCACACACCAAGAAGCUGUUCAGACGGAGGAGAAACGACCGGAGGCGACAGCAGAGACCUCCAGGCGGAAACAAAGCGCAGCAGCACACGGAUAAUCAGCAAGGGAGCACCAAACACAACAGGGAACACCAGAAACUCUACCAGGGAGGCCAAGCCCCGCACUCCUCGGGGAGGACAGGCCACCAUGGGUACAGCCAGAACCGGCGAUGGCACCACAACCAGAAGCACUCGCCUAAUGACAAAGAAACACACAGAAAUGCCAAAGAGACUGAGAAUCUGAAAAUCGAGGAUGCCUCUGUCUGCACGGUGCACAUCCCCCUGGAGAUGCACCGGAGCACAGAAGCGGUGGAGAAGCAGUCUCAGCAGUAUAUUCAGGAGCAGGAACCCAAGCGGAAAGAUAGUAUUCAUGAGCGCAUCGGGGAAAGGCCCAAAAUCAACUUGCUUCAGUCAUCCAAAGACAGACUGCGAAGGAGACUAAAAGAAAAGACGCCUUGUCUUUCCCUUUUCACGGACCAGGACGAAGUCACGGUGGAGACGACCAACCCCGAAAAGAACAAAAUGGACAAAUUAAUUGAAAUCCUCAACAGCAUGAGGAACAACAGCAGCGACGUGGACUCGAAGCUCACCACCUUCAUGGAGGAGGCCCAGAACUCCACUAACUCGGAGGAGAUGCUGGGCGAGAUUGUCAAGACCAUUUACCAGAAAGCAGUCACGGACCGGAGCUUUGCCUCCACAGCAGCCAAGCUGUGCGACAAAAUGGCGCUCUUCAUGGUGGAAGGGACCAAGUUCCGAAGUUUGCUCCUCAACAUGUUGCAGAAGGAUUUCACAAUGCGGGAGGAGCUGCAGCAACGGGACGUGGAGCGCUGGCUGGGGUUCAUCACCUUUCUCUGUGAAGUCUUCGGCACCAUGAGAAGCAGCACUGGGGAGCCCUUCCGGGUCCUCGUCUGUCCCAUUUAUACCUGCCUCAGGGAGUUGUUGCAAUCUCAGGAUGUGAAAGAAGACGCCGUCCUUUGCUGUUCCAUGGAGCUGCAAAGCACAGGCCGGCUGCUGGAGGAGCAGCUGCCCGAGAUGAUGACAGAGCUGCUGGCGAUAGCACGCGACAAGAUGCUGUGCCCCUCGGAGUCCAUGCUGACACGGUCCCUCCUCCUCGAGGUCAUCGAGCUGCACGCCAACAACUGGAACCCCCUGACGCCCACCAUCACACAGUACUACAACAAGACAAUCCAGAAACUGACAGCCUGAGAAGGAAGGGAGGUGGGGGAGGACGGAAAGGAGCAGGAAGAAGACAUGCACCUUAAAAGGAAACAGGAAAGGACUGUGCUACAAAUUGAUCAGCUACUGGAGAGGGAGAAGCAAGACCCUUUACGAUUCAAUACCUAAGAAGACAAAACGCCAGCAUGCUUAAGAAUAUGUUCGUGGGGGUGGGGGGAGAAGCAUGUUUCUUCUCAGCUGUGUUGCCAAGUGCCAGCCCUCUUCCCCGCCGUGUUUUUGUUUUAGGUUUCUUUUAUUAAACCAUUGCUCAUGCAGCAGUGCAUCCCGCCGUGUCAUUGUCUGGCUUCAGAAAAGAACAUGGAGAAUUUGAAAAGCGAGUGGAAGUGCAGGCGAGGAUUGUUUUCACACCAUUCUCUUGGCUUGCACUGGCCAACUGGCAGGAGACAACGUGCAGCAGAUGUCUUGGGAGGACAAAGCAAGACACGUUCCACUCCAGACGCUGGUAAUUGACGGCUUUUGUCAAGCGGAGCUUGCUUUCUUUUUUUUUCUUUUUGUACCCUCCUCUUGUCUUCAACUUUUUCUCCCCCACCCAUGCCCUUCAAAAUCUGAUGCUAGACUAGGACUUCACACCAGAUGAAUUUUCAUUUGCACUGGGUUUUCUUUCUCUUUGCUCUUUUGUUUUGCUUUUUUUUAAAUGAACAGUUGCUAUCAACUUUAAAACAAGAAAACAACUUUAUGAUGUGAGCCCGUGAGUGGGGCGCACAAAGAUGCUAAAUUAAAAGGAGAAGUCAAAACAAAAUAAAAUAAAAAAAGCCACUUUAGACGUGCCCUAGCCACAGACAUCUUGCCAGUAGCCUGUUACGGUAAUUGAAAAACGUGCGCUCUGUGCUGGGAACUCGAAGAAACACAGGAAUUCUGCAGCCGUUUGCUGUUGCUGUUAAAGACUCGAUAUCCCGCAUCCACUACGCUAUAAGCCGUUUUUGUUUGUUUGUUUGUUUGUUUUUCGUUUGUUUAAAAAGUGCUUUAUUGUAAUUAAAGUCACAGUUGUAAUUAUACAGUUAAACCUGGCCCAUUAUAGUUGGGCCUAAUAAUAUACAGGGUGAGGGGGGAAAUGAAGACUUGAAAUUCAUCUUUGGAAACCAAUAAAUAGACGACAGCAAGUUAUAUGGCAUUUGUAAGGGAAAGACAAAAGAAAAGCCAAAAAAUAUAGGUUUCUAGUUUGGCUUCUGACUAGCUUAAGUUUCCUAAUGAGUGUGUCUAGGUUGGUAUUACAUAGAUGUGGAAGUAGAAAGGUGAGGCUUCCCGCUCUUCGCAUCCCUUGAAGGACUAUCUUUUAAUCAGUGUAACUCCCGGGCAGAGUGUGCUCCACGUGGUGUGUUUCUUUCCCCAAAAUAAGUGUUAGGAGAAGAGCAAUAUGAAUGUCUAGAGACAGAUGUUGGAGGUAGCAAAAGGAGGAGGCCUACCCCACUGGAGUUGUCUGUGUGCGCCCAGUCCAGUGAGGCUACAAAUCUGUCAAAGCCCCAGCAAAGGACCUGCAUGCAACAGUUGAUGCCUUUAGCUUUACGGGGGUCUCCAGUUUAAUCCUGGGUGUGUCAGUCAAAACAGAGGGUGUCGCAUACAGGGAGGCUUGUGUGGGAUUUGAAUUGCCGUGUCCAUCGAGUGUCCAGUCUGCAAAGGGUGCACCCUCAGCUAGGGAACAUUGAUGAGUCUUUAGCUAAAGCUGUGGUGGCUCAUGCUUUUAGCCUUCGGGGUUCCCAGUUCAAUCCCAAAUUGCCUGCCCAGAUGAGUUUUAUUAGUAUUAGAGACAUUGUGAGCCCCUGUAUAGGGAAGCUGUCGUCAGGAGUGUAAGCAUCAUAUUGACUAGAUUAGGGUUAGUGGAUGCAGAACUGUAUCUACCCAAGGGCGCUCAGUGACGCUGACACCAAUGAACCUGAACUGUCUGGACAAUGGGGGAAGCAUUUUCAAAACUCCCCCCGUGCAGUCAGGCCUACAGGGAGGAGAGAGACCACUGAUUUGAGGCGACUAGGAAGAAGGCAAACAGUAUGUAUGUAGCAUGUGUUAUUAGGAUGAGACAGUCUUAAAAUAAGGAGUAGUUUUGAAGCACACACAAAUUUGGCAGCUUCUGAGCAUUCGGUACCUUUAUUUCAUAAAGACUCCAUGCUCUACCAGGUGUGUGAUUUCUGAGAAGAGCAAAGCUCCCCACUAAACCUUUCCAUGAGGCCUGAUCCUGCAGUGGGGUGAAACCUUUAAUUUCCAGUGAAGUCCAUGGACCUUGUGGAUGCUCAGUACUGCCCAGAAAGCACUUAGUGACCUAAGGAUCUGAUUCCCAAUGUAUAGGCCAAGGCAAGUGAUUUGGGAGAGUGUGGUAUUUAUUUGUUUGGGGUCAGAGCAUUUUUAACCACACUUUUAAGACCUGUUAACUAGUUUUGGAUUAUUUUUGGAGACGGAAAUCUUUUCUGGUCCAGCAUUUGAAAUGUGCUUUGAAGUCACUUAUUUUGGCAGUGUUGUAUUGGUAAAGAGGGACUGCCAGGCCAUUACUUCACUUCCUAAACGGUGACCAGGAAAUGAUGUCAGGGCUUGGUGGUUUCCUUAUUUGCUUCUUUAUUGAUGCUUUUACUUACUAAAUCACUUCUGGUGCUUACUUGAUGAAGUCUAACAGAAAUGAAGAGAGGAAUUUCCCUGUAUUUGUUCAGGGCACAUUACAGAGGAAAGCUAGAAGGUGAAGCUGGAAUAGAUAACCGUCCUCCCAUACACAUGCCACCUGACCACAGCCCCCCACAUCAGGUGGAUCAGGCAGUGAUCAUUAAUUCCUGUAUAACCUUCCCACAAUUGCAUUGCUGCAACAGGUCUAGAAAACACUCUUGGGAAAUCCAUUUCAGUGUUUAUAACACGCACAAAUUAUUUUCCAAAAGGCAGUUUGUGGUUUGGGCUACUGAUCACCGCUUGAAAUACGUUGGGGGUAGUGGCAUAGUCCAUUUUUUUUCUCUACGUUCCUCUUAUUAUUCAAUUUACUUUCCUUUCCCCUGGUAAUGACAACACAUACGGAUAUGGCAGGCCCACCCCACCUCAUGGAAACAGUACAAUUCCUAAUUAAAAACAAGGCCUGAACACAAGCCCCCAGAUCCAGACCGCCAGCAGCUGCAGGGCAAAGCAGAUCUAAAACUAAGCUCUGCAACUGAGACCCAUCCCUUCUUCCACUAGGUUUAAUUUUUGCCAGCUUGUUGAGAAGAAUAAAGAUUCAAUCCAGAUCUUUUUUGGAUGUUCAGGAUGUUUUAUGGAGGCGUAAAAGAAAAUCAGAUCCGUCUGUGACUUGAGGAAAAAAAAUUACAUGUGGGAAGCCAAGUUUGAGGGCAGAAAUUUCCAACAGAGAAAAUGCCACAGGAGGAGAAGAGAUUUGUUUCAUGAUUCGCAACUAUUUGAACUUUUCAGCUGAUGGUCGGCUGGGUGUUUUCGAAGGCACAUAUGAAGCAAGGGAAAACAGCAGGAAACAGGAACUUCAAUUGUAAUGUCUCCAA